AAAAUCUAGUGAAGAAUGGACUAUAUGUUAAAACUUUCAGCCUUUCUUCAUGUUCUUGUAGCUUUACUUAUUCUCCAACUCUGCAACCACACAAACCUAUGUUAUUCUGCCACACCAACAUUAGUCCCUAACAAAACCUACUUUAAUUACAUAACAACAUCAUGCAAUGUCACAAGAUAUCCCAAGCUAUGUUACAAAUCUCUCUCAAUCUUCGCAGCCAAAAUAAAAACCAACCCCAAAGUCUUAGCCCAAACCGCUCUCAACGUAUCCCUUGCAGCCACCGAAACGACAUCAGUUGUACUGAACAGAUUGUCCAAAACCCAGGGCUUGAACCCCGCGGAAUCUGCAGCCCUGCGUGACUGCAUAGAGCUCAUCGACGACUCGUCGUACGAGCUCCAAGGGUCGAUGAGGGAAAUGCGUCGGCUGGCAAGCGAGAACUUCAGUUUUGGAAUCAGUAAUAUACUCACCUGGGCUAGUGCUGCUUUGACCAACUGUGUUACUUGCAUGGAUGGCUUUGAAGGGAACGACAAUAUUAUGGAUGAAGAAGUGAAGGACAGUGUUCUUAGGCAUGCAAGGAAGGUUUGUCGUUUGACGAGCAAUUCUUUGGCUCUAGUGAACAGCUAUGCCUCAGGUGAUCAAGGCUGAAGUCGUUGGCUUUAUUGGUUGAUUUUUUCUGUUUGGUUCUCGGGAAAAAAAGACGAGGGAAAGAAUUUCACCUAGUACCCUUUUGGUCAUGCCAAGGCAGAUGAUGAUUAUCUACAAGGUGUGCGGGUAUGUUAUUAUUAGAUAGUAUUGUUUUGGCAUAAAUUAGUCGUCAAGAAUUUAAUUAUUGUGCUUAAGUGUGUAGAUGUUCUCAUGUAUGUGUAUAUAUGUAUUAAUUAUGCGUGGACUUUUUUCUUUUUUCUUUUUUUUAAGGGAAUUUAUAUGUAGAUUGUUGGUAAUAGAUUUAGAAUUUGGAGAAUGAUGGUAAAAGUUAUUAGUAAGCGUGCAAUAACUAGCCUUCUAUUUGGAAAGUAUGCUUGUAUGUAGUAUAGUAUGUACGUAAUUUUAGAUUUUGU